UUCUUUUUUAAACUAAAAAUAGUUUAUAACCUAAAAUUUUAAUUGUCAAAUCCAAGUAUUUUAUUUAUAAUUUCAUUAUUGGAUUGUAUUGUCAAUGAAUAAAUAUGAGCAAAAUAUUCACACCAACCAACCAAAUUCGAUUAACAAAUGUUGCUGUAGUGAGAAUCAAAAAGGCAGGAAAAAGGUUUGAAAUCGCCUGUUAUAGAAAUAAAGUUGUGUCAUGGAGGAAUCAAGUGGAAAAAGAUAUCGACGAAGUAUUACAAACCCACACGGUAUUCACAAAUGUUUCGAAAGGACAAAUAGCCAAAAAAGAAGAUCUUAUAAAAGCUUUUGGCACCGACGACCAAACACAAAUCGCUAAAGAAAUAUUGCUUAAAGGAGAAUUACAAGUAUCCGACAAAGAAAGGCAAAGUCAUAUAGAACAGUUGUUUAAAGAUAUCGCGACUACAGUUGCAGAUAAAUGUAUAAAUCCAGAAGUUAAAAGACCAUAUCCGGUUACUAUCAUAGAAAAAGUGAUGAAAGAUGCACAUUAUUCAGUCAAACCGAAUCAAUCGGCAAAGCAACAAGCUUUACAAGUCAUAAAAUUAAUCAAGGAGCAUAUUCCUUUGGAGAGAGCAAAAAUGAGGUUAAAAAUUAAUUUUAAAGGUAAAGCUGCCAAGAAAAUUAAAGAAAAGCUGUUAAAAAUGGAAGGUGCAGAAAUUGAAAGUGAAGAUCGAGAAGAAGAUGAAAUUACAAUGGUAUUUCUAAUUGAUCCAGGCCAUUUCAAAGUAAUUGAUGAAAUGGUCAAAUCAGAAACCAAGGGCAGCGCUCUAUUAGAAGUUUUGGCAUAUAAAGAAGUUACAGUUGGAGAAGAACAUUUAUAAAUAUACUAUCCUCAAUAUAUUUUAUUUUAUCAA